UCACCCAGCAUCCAUGCAGCGGCACCGCACCGGCGAUUUGGGGACACUUAUAAAUACGCAGCGCGCGCGGCGGUCUUGCACCCGGUCAUGGCGGCAGUCGGAGCUGCACCACUGCUCUACCAACCGGCGGCGGGCGACGCCUCCUGCUUCUUCUCGUCCCCUUCGAUGUCAUCCUACUUCUCGCAUGGGGGCAGCUCCAGCACGUCCAGCCCUGCGUCAAGCUUCUCCGCCGCGCUCGACACCGCCCCGGUGCAGCCAGCGGCUCCGCUGCUCCAGCCAGCGAUCCCGGAUGCCGCGCCGCACUUCGACAUCUCCGAGUACUUCCUCGACGACGGAGCCUUCGGCGCGCAGCCGCCGGUAGUCGCUGUGCCGGAUGGCGGCGCUGCCGGUGCGAGAGCGGCGACGAACACUCAAGCUAGGAGCGCGGCCGAGCCAGCGGCGAUGGAGCGCCCGCGGACGGAGCGCAUCGCGUUCCGGACGAAGACGGAGGUCGAGAUCCUGGACGACGGGUACAAGUGGCGGAAGUACGGCAAGAAGUCCGUCAAGAACAGCCCCAACCCAAGGAACUACUACAGGUGUUCGACGGAAGGGUGCAACGUCAAGAAGAGGGUGGAGCGGGACAAGGACGACCCGGCGUACGUGGUGACGACAUACGAGGGGACGCACACCCACGUCAGCCCCAGCACCGUCUACUACGCCACCCAGGACGCCGCCUCCGGCCGCUUCUUCGUCGCCGGCACGCACCCGCCGCCAGGCUCGCUCGACUAGCCGUCAGCACCGGCGACGGGGCACGCACGUCGAGAUCAGCACGGGGCUUCUCGGUAGCGUACGUCCAAGCUUAGCUAGGCAGCCACUUGUUGGUAAUGGUACUAGUGUACUAGUGGAUGGAUCAUCAGGUUCGGUUUCUCGAGACGCAAGGGAGUUUUUUGGGAUCUUGUUCGAUCUUUUAUUCUCUCCCCGUCUUGUAGUGAUCGAUCAAGUGUUGUACUGCAGUGUCGGCUUGAUCACGAGGUUUGAUUCGGAUUAUUGAACCUCGAGCUUAAUUGGCUGAAAGAGCCCGGCCGGGGGAAGUAUAACAUACAGAUACAUCGCUAGUACUAC